AUGGCUCGUGGGAGAGGGAGAGGGCGAGGGCGGCCACGUUUGGUGCCACUGUCAACAACCAAUCCAACGGUGACUGAUCAGAAUACUGCGGAUAAGGAAAACUUUGCGAUUGAUGAAGUGCAAGCUGCCAAUUUGGAGUGCGAUAGCCAAGCGGGGGAGGAAGCAGGGACAACUGAUACCGAAACCCUAAAUCAAGUGAUUACUGAAGAAGCCAAGAAGGAGGUGGAAGUGACCCAACCAAAGAAGCUCUGGGUUGACAUUAUCAAUGAAAAUCGUAACCCGGCGAAGGGACUCACCAUGGAAUUUGUUGCACCAAAGAUUGUUGAUGGAGAAGUGGAAAUUCAGAUUGAAGAAGCGGAUGUUGAAGCAGAAGUGAAAUUCUGGGAAUCUGCUCUCAUUAUGUAUGCCUUGGGUGUUGACCUAAGCAUGAACGCGGUGAAACAGUUCAUAAGCAGAACCUGGAACUUUGUGACACUACCUGAGAUGUUCUACAAUGACGAAGGUUUUUCCAUUCUUCGUUUCCACUCAUUCCACGACAAGGAAUUAGUUCUGAUGAAGGGGUCGUACUCAAUUCGUAAUAGACCUAUGGUGCUGCGCGAAUGGAAGCCUAAUUUUAGUAUGAACAAGGAUAUGCUAAGAACAAUAACGUUAUGGGUGAAACUUCCCCAACUUCCCCUUCAUCUUUGGGGGGCACGAAGCCUUAGUAAAAUAGGAAGUGCAAUUGGAACUCCUCUGGUGACUGAUGAAUGUACGGAAAAUAAACUCAGGGUCUCCUAUGCACGAAUCCUUGUGGAAAUUGAUGUUACACAAGAGUUAAAAUCAGAAAUCCUAAUCAUAGAUGAAAAUGGUGCGCGAAUGAAACAACUGAUUGAGUAUGAGUGGAAACCAUUAUACUGCCAACGAUGCCAUAAAGUGGGACAUAACUGUGACAAGCCUGCAAAACCAACUAAAGAAUGGAGGGUGAAGGGCCAAGUGCAAGUGCAAGUGCGACCACAUAAGGAGAAUGAGAAAGACCAGACUAGUGCAAGUGUUACACCAAGACAAGUCAUAACAACUGCAGAGGUACAACAGCCGGAGAAUGAGGCAUGGACAAGGAUCACUAGUAGCAGUAAAGGGAAAGGGAAAUGA